GAUCACUCCGCCUGCGCACGCCCUCAUUGGCUGCGUGGAAGUGUUCACGUGCGGCCUGCGUGGGGCUUUGAACGCCACACAGAAAAGUGGGGGGCCGUGGUUCCUCUGACAGCGGAGCGGGGCGGCGGGCGGCUUCAGGUGUGCCGGUGAGGACGGAACCGGGACCGGCAGAUGUUCCUCAGAACCUGCUCCAGCGCUCUGUGCAUGUUUCCUCCUGAGCCCGACAUGCCGAUGGACAUGGCCAUCCCCUUCUACCUGUCCAAGGAGGAGUUCGUCUUCACGAGCGCCUCCACGGUACACCCGUCGGCCCGCAGCUCCUGCCUCAGGUUCCAGCGCCCGAGCUGCGUCAGCACCACCGGGCCUGGAGAUGGCGCCGUCAUCAACAAAGACGCCAAGAAGAAGAAACGCGUCACGUUUGCCGACCACAAAGGCCUGUCCCUCACCAGGGUGAAGAUCUUCUCCAAGUUCACGGACCCCAUAGAGAUCCCUGUGAACAUCCAGGAGAUGUUGAGCUCCAAGCUCACGCUGUCGUCCGCUGAGGAGGACAAACUGGUGCUGGACUUCACUCAGCCCUCCUCAGACUACCUGCUGUUCCGCCACAACCUGGAGAAGAACCUGGUGAGCCUGGAGCACUGCGUGCUGAAGGAGAAGGCCUUUGCAGGAACCAUCAAGGUGAAGAACGUGUCCUUUGAGAAGUCCGUCAUGCUGCGGGUGACCUUCGACUCGUGGAGGAGCCACACGGAUGUGAUCUGCGAGUACGUGAAGGACGCCUACCCCACCUCCUACAGCGACACCUUCUCCUUCGAGGUGUCUCUGCCGGCGGAGCUGCGGCCCAACGAGCAGGUGGAGUUCGCCGCGUGUUACAGGGUCGGCGGCGGCGAGCACUGGGACAGCAACCAGGGCCGCAACUACCGCAUCGUCUGGUCCCACAUGAGGAAGAGCCGCCACUCAGACUCCUCCCACUUCGGCAUCCACUUCGACCGCUACGGCAGCCCCACCUGUUCGCACGGGCUCUUCCCUGAUUGGCCGAGCUACGCCGGCUACGAGAACAUCGGGCCGUACUACUGAACACGCGGCGGUUUUUAAGUUGCUCGUUGUCCCCGAUGACUUGCUGGUUUUUAGAACUGUUUCUGUAACGUUGGGUCGCACGUGAAGUCCGUUUCAGAGCCGCUGCUGGAUCAAAGCACAGACCGUACCUGGUCAGGUGUUCUCUACCUCCUCAUCAUUCCACAUCAGAUUUUAAGCUUCGCCUCGUCACAGGAACUGUAGCCGACCGACCAAACCUCCACGGACGCGCUCAGGUUUUACCUCCGUGUCCGGACCAGCCGGAGCUGCUAACAGGAAGUCCGGCUGUUUUUAAUCCCACGCUUCGUUAAAGAUCACCGAGCACCUGAGGUGUCCUGCUGCCACGCAUCCUAAAAGGGACAUUUUUAAGCUGGACUGGGACAGGUUGGGGUUCAGGAAGAUGUUGCUGGGCAGGAGGGACAAAGACGUCCCAGCCGCACUAACCCGGACCAGAGGGAAGUCGCCUCUUUGGCUCAUCUUGUUUUCUGCCUGGUUAGUUCAGGAACAAAGUAUUAAAGCAACGCUGGACGCUACAGGCAGCGCCUCCAGAGACGACCAGAAGCAUGAAACGGUUCUUGUAGCCGAGGAUCCCAGCCGGUUCCUGCGGUUGGCUCUCCUUUCUCUGCUGUUUGCUUCAGGCGGUUCCCCCGUCAGCCGGAACCUGUCGGCAGCGGAAGGAGAGUUUCAGUCUGUGCCGGCGGCCUCGUUUUAUUAGUGACCCUGAAAAGUCCAAAUUUUGCUUUCUUUUACCUUAAUCUGUGCAGUUACUGUGAGAGCAAUCAGAAAAGCAGAACUUGAACACUUUUGUUCUUAAAAGUUGACAGCGAGGAGUUUAAAGUCAGACUUUCUGCUGCUCGUCUGCUGCACUCGCUUCACUGGAGUUCAGAGAACAGGGGGGGGGGGGGGGCGCUCGCUUUGGUUCACAGCUAUGCAGAAAUUUGCACAUGAGUUAAUGCAACGAGGAAACAUGGUGUUGAUCUACGCUUUUAGAAGGGGAACGGGGGAAGUUGGGGCUGUAAUUUCCCAGCUGAGCACAUCUUCCUCAACUUUCAGACAAUCUGCGCACAAAACGGCAGAAAUAAAUAAGCUAUAUUUCAUUUAGUAGUUGUUGCUGAGCCAGUGUGUGAUGUUGGCUCUGAGUUUCUGUUUUAAAUGUCUGCGCGCAUCGGCCUCCAGGCUUUCAGGGACUGAAUGAUUCUGAACGCUGAUCUUUUUUUAAGAAGUCAAUAAAGUUCUGCCAUGUUUUACUCAUGAAGAUGAAAUUCUGUCUGUGGCGCAAUCUGCUGUCAAAAUGAUCUGAAGAACAAUAAAAAGUAUAUUUAUAUCCUGA